CUUAUGUCAUCCCAAUCAAACCGCGUGGAUUUUUAAAAUUCUAAAUAUGAUUUUUAUGAAACAAAGUACAAAACUGAUUAAUAAUAUUUUUAAAACGGAAAUAAAAAAUAUACACUUAUCAGCUAAACGGAAAGAAGCCGUAAAUUUAGCGUAUCAAGUACUUGAAGAUGAAAGAACGAAAAAAUCGACAGCAAAUCCUAUCAUAAUAUCACAUGGUGUCAUCGGUCAAAGUUUAAACUGGAAAAGUGUAUCAAAAUGUCUAUUUGAAGAGCUUGAUCCGCCUAGAAAAAUAUAUGUAGUGGAUAAUAGAAAUCAUGGAAAUAGUCCUCAUACUUCAGAUCAUACGUACGAGUUAAUGACCGAAGAUACUUUGCAACUUUACUCAACUUUAGGUUUAAAAGAAGCUGUAUUAUUGGGACAUUCAAUGGGUGGCCGAGGAUUCAUGCACACCGCUUUAACAUACCCAGAAAAAGCAUCUAGUUUAAUAAUCGUUGAUAUUUCUCCAAUUGUCAGAAAAGAUGAGGGUGUUGUGUUAAGUGAACCUCUCCAACUCUUAAAAGCAGCAGCAACUAUCGAUUGGAGUGAACAAUGUGGAACUAUGUCAGAUGCUCGAAAAUAUGCAGACAACGAAUUGAAAAAACAGAAAAUUGAUAGUCCAGGACUUAGAUCAUUUUUGUUACAAAAUCUUAAACAAAAUCCAGAUGGAAGUUUUGGUUGGAAAAUAAACCUUCCGACAUUAAUCGAUCGAUUUUUUAAUUUUAAAGCAAUAAAUUUUGAAAAUUUAGUCUAUGAUAAAUCUGUACUGUUUGUUGCCGGUGAAAAAUCACCUUUUGUUCCAAAAUCACAUGCAGAACCCAUUAAAAAGAUUUUCCCUAAAGCAAGGAUAGAAUAUGUUCCAGAUGCUGGUCAUUUAGUUCACAUGGAAAAUACACCACUAUUUUGUAAAUUUGUUAUAGAUUUUCUAAAAAAUGAAAAAUAGCUAAAUGAUAAAAUUAAUCAUCUAUAACCAGGGGUGGCGAAUUUUUAUGUAUCAACGUGACAUUUUUUAUUUUAAGAAAUGUUUUGCCGUUAAUUAAUUUCCAUUUCAUCAAUGGCGUUUCUUACGCAAUGUCGAACAGAAACAGCUAAACGUGCAGACGCCAGUGCUUUCAUCAAAACAUAACAGUAUAAAAAGAGCAGACUUAAUAUUAAUUUUUUGUUUAUCUGUUACAUUUUCGAGCAGUUUCUUUGAUGCGCUGAUAUCUUAUCUAUAUUAUCGAAAUCAUCAGUGAGAGUGCGCAUUCUAACCAGGCUCCUUCAAAACUCUCCAUCUUGAACAGGUUUACUAUGCCGAGCAAUAAUAUUUGCAGCCGAAUAACUUGCCGCUCUCGUAUGAUAAUUUUUUAAUAUUAAUGUGAUUUGUUUCAAAAUGUCAAUUGUAGUCCACGAUGUGCGCGCUAAUGAGCGCGCGUUCAUUCGUAUAAUACUUCAUUGCGAACUUUGUGAUGCCUGGCUAAAAGCCAUGGCUAAAAUAUUGUUGUGCCUGCCAUUGGUUCGUCAUCCCUGCCCUGAUUAUUAGUAAAUUGUAUAUAACAGUAUUCUGAACGUUUUAAAAAUAAUUUAUUAUCGUUGUUAAAAAGUUUAAGGGUGUCAUUGUAAAAAUAUUUUA